UGUCGGCGCUCGUGUCGUUUCCCGCCAAGUUCCGCGGCAACCUUGGUACAGUGCAACCGAGUUUUUGUAUGGCGGUGUGAGAAUUUUCCGCGCGUUUUCCCGUUUGAGUACUUUUCAGCUGAAUUACGACGCCGAAAAUGGGACAGUCGGACGAUAUUGAGGACUCCACGUAUAGCCGGCAUCAAGAUCUCUGCCAGAAGCUGAAUAUGGAUGCGACCGCCGCGUCCGAAGCCUGGAGAUCUUACGAAACGAUCCGACAAAACUACACUUUAGAGGGAGAUCAAUUACAUUGGAUUGGAUGUGCCUUAUAUGUGGCUUGUAGAAAAUCUUCUACACCCACAGUAGGAAGACCAGGUGCUAAUGUAGAAGGCAACUGUGUCUCUCUGACACGCCUUUUACAAUUGUGUAAUCUUCCAUUGAUACAGUUCUUCACAAAGAGCAAAUCAUGGGCGGACAUGGCCAAUAUGCCACAAGAUUUCCGUGCUAGAAUAGAAAAGUUGGAGGGAAAUUUUUCAGUGUCCAUGGUAAUAUUUAAGAAGUAUCAACCAAUAUUCAAUGAUAUAUUCAAAGAUCCAAAAGAAGAUAUUAGACCAUCCAGAUCUAGAAGACACAAAGCAGUGCCCUGUACUCCUGCUAGAGUCUUUGAAUUCUGUUGGACACUAUUCAUAUGCAUAAAAGGUGGAAUUUCUGAUAUUUCGGAUGAUCUUGUUAACUCUUAUCAUCUUUUAUUGGUCUGCUGUGAUCUCAUAUAUAGCAACGCUCUAUUAGCUAAUAGAAGAGAUUUGCUAAAUCCUAACUUUCCUGGCUUGCCAGCUGAUUUUAACAACGAGAAUUAUACAAUACCACAAACAGCUGAAUGUAUUCUUAGUUUGUUAUGUGAACGUCACGAAGCUAUUCCUAUUGAAGCUAAAGUUAUAAAAGAGUAUCAUGUGAAAAAUUAUAUCAACAAAUUAUUUGACGAGAGAAUUUUACGUGGUGAUCAGUCUAAUUUUUCUGGUAUAUUGGAGGCAUUAAAUUUUGAUGCCAACAGCAAAGCCAUUAACAAGGCUUAUGAACAACGUGUGCUGAGUGUCGGGGACUUGGAUGAGAGAAUUUUCUUAGCUGAAUGGAGAAGAAUAAAUUUGAGAAACAUAUCAAAUUUGGAUGGAGAUAUAAAAUUGAAAGGUCAUGACGCUAGCGAAAAUAUCGGUUCCCCUACGCAAAUGAUGAGCAUUGACGACUUCCACGAACGAUUGCAGAUAAAAAGAGAACAAAAUGCUGGAAUACAGUAUCCGGCAUUGCUCACACCACUAACUGGUCGUAAAUAUCUUCGAUCAAAGGAUAUAACUAAUAUAACGCCAGUAACUACAGCGACGCAAAGUGUAAUUAAAUUACAAGCUUUAAUAGCUGGGCAAUCUGCGCCAAGCGAAGACUUGUUACAAAUGCUGAGCAAGUGUUCUCAUGAAGUUAAAGUUGAGACAAAAGUUAAACAGCUUGGUGAACAAUUUUGCGCUUGUUAUAAUAACAAUGCCGCUAACGUUAAUGAUGGUUCGACAUCCGAUUUUGGAAGGAUGCGUCUUGUCAUGGGAGAAACUCUAUUUUACAAACUUUUAGAAAUGAUUCUAAAUGACGAAAAGCGCAAGAAACCAAAUUACGAUGUAACUAAUCUUUUAUCAAAUGAGCUUUUCAUUCAGUGCUUGUUUGCCUGUUGUCUCGAAAUAGUUAUAUAUUCGUAUAAAAGUAACGACAAAGUAUUCCCGUGGAUAUUAAAAGCUUUAAAUCUAGAUGCUUACUAUUUCUAUAAAGUCAUAGAAAUUAUAGUAAGAACUGAAGAUCAAUUGUCACGAGAUGUGGUUAAACACUUGAAUCAGAUUGAGGAAAAGAUUCUAGAAUCAUUGGCUUGGCAGAGCGACAGUCCUCUGUGGCAAACUAUUGAGUCUUUAUGCGCUAAAGAUGGUGUGCCAAGUUGUGAAGAAGUUUCUUUGCCCGGUACUUUAGAAACUGUUGAUCCUAACGCGCCUGGCCAACCUGUAUUACGACGGAUGGCAAUAGACCGAGACCGUACCCAUCAUGACGUUCAACAGAGUCCGAUUUCAUCUGCAUCGGAAAGAUUUCAGUCUCCAAUCGCAUCUAAUGUAGCGAAGAAACGAUUAUUCGGCGACACCAGAGUUACUGGUCAGAGUGUUUUGCGAGUCGGUCAAAGUUUAUUGUCUACUACUAGUAGAGUAUUAUUAGACGGCCAAAGGAUACUCUUGCUGCCGGAUCAAAUUGUUCCGAAAUCUUCGGCCUCACAAGCGUCGAAUACUCCUGUACUACCCGUACAAGCAACGAAUAAAGAUAUGACCAAGCCGAAACGAACAGGUUCUGUCGCACUAUUUUUUCGAAAAUUUUACAAUCUCGCGUGUGUGCGUAUGCAAGAUUUGUGCAAUUCAUUGGAGAUAUCAGAUACUGAUAAAAAAAAAAUCUGGACAAUUUUCGAAUACUCCAUCAAGGAACGUACUGAGUUGAUGAAGGAUCGACAUCUUGAUCAGAUCCUGAUGUGUGCAAUUUAUGUAAUAUGUAAGCUAGUGAAGAUGGAAAAGAACUCGUUUACCGAGAUUAUGCGAUGUUAUCGUUUUCAACCUCAAGCACAGUCUCAUAUCUAUAGAUCAGUCCUUAUUGGAAAAAGUUCCACUGACAACGAUUCGAAAGGAAUCGAUAAUGAAAAAUCAGAUGAUAAGCGCACAUCAGAAGAGAAUGUGACUCCACCGACACCGACAAACAUGGCCGGAACAUCACAGAAUUUUGACGGGGAAAUACGUGGUGAUUUAAUCAAAUUUUACAACACUGUAUAUGUACCGCAAGUCAAGGAAUUUGCGAAUAGAUUUGGAUCAGCUCGCGGCAGUGUUAUGAAUCUCUCUUUGAGUCCUUUACCGAAAGGAAAAGCAGCUGCUAAUUCUCCAGUAAGGCGUGUUACUGGUAGUAUCAUGACACGUACUCUCGAUCCGAAGGCUAUUAGUGCAUCACCAGCGCCACAAUUGAGUUAUUGUUUUAGUCGUAGUCCUGCAAAGGAUUUAGAGGCUAUCAAUAAAAUGAUGAUAUCUGUAGAUCCAAAAAAGAGUGUAGGAAAGCGAUUGCUAUCCGAUGACACGGAUGUAGAAAUGACAGAGGCAUCAUCUCCAAAUAAGAAGACUACAGCUUUUGUUGCACGGAAAUUAGAGCAUAUUAUUGGAGAACGACGAACGCAAAAUCAAUAAGCGGAAUGUUGUAAAAUGAUUCUGGCUCAAUGGAACCUUUGAGGAUGACAAGCGAUCUGCAAUUCAUUUAUUUAUAUAUUCGGUUUGCGAAACGCACAAAAUAUAUAAAAAUCAGUCUCUUGGCUGCAUAGACUAUGAAUCAGACGUUCGCGUUUCUCAGGUAUAGUUAUUCUAGCAAAUUGGAGAGAUCUUAUACAACGUCGUUCAUAUUAUAUAAGCAGAGAAAAGACUGAGAGUGGCCAUCCUAUUGUAGUUUCUUACGUCAGUUUCAGCCGCUGGUUUCAACGCUAUAUUCACAAAAGUGAAUCUCAAAGUUCCACAUUAAACGCAAGUCUCGUGGAACUGAUCAAUCACGUUGGUUGAUUGGCUGAUUUGACUAUGCGAUUAGUCAAUUCCACGAGAUCUGCGAUUUGCGUUUAAUGUAGAACGACCUUUGAGAUCUACUUUUUGUGGAUAUGACGCUAAAACCAACGGCUGAAACCGUCGUAAGAAACUACAAUAGGAUGGCCGCUCUCAGGUUUCUCUCUGACAUAAGUAAGAAAGAGAGAAAUAAUACUGUAAUUGUUUGUAAUUUUAUUUAGUGUAAAGUCAGAAUUCAAUUUCUAGUAUUCUUCGUUGACUUUUAACAGAGUAGACUAUUUUUUGUUAAUUUUUUAUAAUUUACUGAAACGUCUUUCAAGCCGCAUAAACGAGAAUUUUGAAUACAAAGAAAUAUAAUGUGAAUUAUAAUUGCAAAAUAACAUAUUAUAUAUAUAUAUAGUAUGUUAUUGUCUCCUCUAAGCAAUACAUCAUUUUACGUUCAACAAAAAACACAUGAUUUAACAAAAUGUGCCUGCUAUUGCUUUUUGAUCAUGAUUGUUACAUAGAGAGAAUACAUAUGUAGUAAAAUUAUAUACAAGGUCCGACAAUUGGUGUAACAUCUCUCGUAGGCAGGUAAAAAGAGUAAAACUGAGUC